AACCUACUACUGUGGACUUGACUUUUGAUUCAGGUCGAUAAAAAGGAUCAACCAGAAGCAAACUGCAAGCAAAUUCCUUCAGCUUGCAUUGAUUUGCUAAAGUUCUUCGAAGACAACGAGGGAGAACCCGUUAUACAUCUCCGUGUUACAGGGAAACUUCAUGAAGUCGAAAAAGCAGCAGUCUUCCAAUCAAUAUGGUCAUUUUUUUGAUUCAAUUAGCUAUGCAGCUGGAAACUUCAUGAAGUCGACAAAGCAGCUGUCUUCCAAUCAAUUUGGCCAUUUUAUUGAUUCAAUUAACUAUGCAACUGAAAACGUCAUGAACUCGAAAAAGCAAAUGUCUUCCAAUCAAUAUGGUCAUUUUCAUGAUUCAAAUGACCCCAGAGCUGGAAACUUCAUGAAGUCGACAAAGCAGCUGUCUUCCAAUCAAUUUGGCCAUUUUAUUGAUUCAAUUAACUAUGCAACUGGAAACUUCAUGAAGUCGACAAAGCAGCUGUCUUCCAAUCAAUUUGGCCAUUUUGUUGAUUCAAUUAACUAUGCAACUGGAAACUCCAUGAAGUCGACAAAGCAGAUGUCUUCCAAUCAAUAUGGUCAUUUUACUUAUAAAAGAGAAAAAUAGGCAGCAUGCUACUGUAAGUUUUCAUUUUUGUAGUAUAUUUGUUUCGAACAAGUGACAUAAGUUUAUCCGAGAGCUAGUUAUGGAAUGUCAUAUUCAAUUUGGAUUCUUGAAUCAUGUUUAUUUAAUAGACCAGUUCCCGAACAGAUGUAUUGAAGGUGAAAUAACAAAAGUUGUUUUAAUAGUGAAGUACUUUUUGACUUGGGGCACAUUUUAUUGCUACUGAUUACCCCAAUCC